AUGGAGGCGGCCGCGGACAGCGCCCGGUUCGCCUACAUCCAGGAGCUGCUGCGGCGGGACAAGAUUGCCAUUAAGGGUAUUGAAAGAGAGCUUAUCUGCCCAGCCUGCAAGGAAUUGUUUACCCAUCCACUGAUCCUUCCCUGCCAGCACAACAUCUGUCACAAAUGUGUGAAAGAAAUACUUUUUGCAUUUGAAGACUCCUUUGCUGAUGGAGGCUCUGAAUCCUCUAAUCAGAGUAGCCCUCGAAUUAGAAUCACUGCUUCUAGCAUGGACAGAAUUGACAGGAUUAAUAGAGCAGCCUCACAGAGGAGGUCUUUUGGGUGCAGAGGCAGAAAACGCAAUUCACUGACUCCUAGAUCAACUCUGUUUCCUUGUCCGAGUUGCCAGCGGGAUAUUGAUCUUGGGGAGCGUGGCAUCAAUGGCUUAUUUCGCAACUUCACUUUGGAAACCAUUGUGGAAAGAUACAGACAGGCAGCCAGGGCAGCCAUUGCUAUCAUGUGUGAUUUCUGCAAACCUCCAGCUCAGGAGUCCACGAAGAGUUGCAUGGACUGCAGUGCAAGCUAUUGCAAUCCAUGUUUCAAAAUACACCAUCCUUGGGGAACAGCGAAAGCCCAGCAUGAAUAUGUAGGACCAACCACCAACUUCAGACCCAAGAUUUUGAUGUGUCCAGAACAUGAAAUGGAGAGAGUAAACAUGUACUGUGAAAUCUGCAGAAGGCCUGUUUGUCAUCUUUGCAAACUGGGUGGAGGUCAUGCAAACCAUAGGGUAACAACCAUGAGCACUGCCUACAAAACCCUUAAGGAGAAACUUUCAAAAGAUAUCGAGUACCUCAUCAGUAAGGAGAGCCAGGUGAAGGCUCACAUCACACAGCUGGACCUGCUGAUGAAAGAAACUGAGUGCAACAGUGAAAUAGCUAAACAAGAAGCAUCUCAGAGUUUUGAGAAAUUAUAUUGUGUCCUGGAAGAGAAGAAAUCUGCAGCUCUUAGGGCAAUUGAAACUUCUAAGAAUAUAAGGUUGGAAAAAUUGCAAACACAAGUGGAAGAAUACCAAGGGCUCCUGGAAAAUAAUGGCCUUGUAGGAUAUGCUCAAGAAGUGCUUAAAGAAACAGAUCCCUCUUGUUUUGUUCAAACAGCAAAACAACUUCAUGUCAGAAUCCAAAAAGCUACUGAGUCUCUGAGGAGCUUUAUGCCAGCAGCUGCAACUACUUUUGAAGACUUUGUGGUGGACACUGCCAAGCAAGAAGACAUCCUUGGUGACUUGUCCUUCCAUUCCAAUGGUCUAGAAAUACCAGAAAUCAACGAAGAGCAGAGCAGAAUGUACAACAAAGCUCUGAUCAGCUGGGAAUGCUCUGGGAAGACAGAUUCAGCUGAUAUCUAUGUCCUUGAGUAUCAUAAACUUAAUAAAGAAGAGGAGAGUGUGACAUGGCAGAAGACUGAAGUGUGUGGCAAGAGCAAGGUGUUGUCUGAUCUCGAUGAUGACAGCAGCUACGCCUUUAGAGUUCGAGGUUACAAAGGGUCCAUCUGCAGCCCUUGGAGCCGGGAAGUUAUCAUGCGUACUCCUCCAGCUCCGGUUUUCAGUUUUCUUUUUGAUGACAAAUGUGGGUACAACAAUGAGCAUCUCGAGCUGAACCCAAGAAGAACAUCUGUGGAAAGUAGGGCUGGAUUUCCUCUGCUUCUGGGAUCUGAGCGCUUGCAGGUUGGAUGCUUCACAACCCUGGAUUACAUCAUUGGUGACACUGGGAUUGCCAAAGGGAAGCACUUCUGGGCUUUUAAUGUUGAAGCCUACUCAUACCUGGUGAAAGUGGGAGUUGUUCCUAGCAGCAAGAUACAGAAAUUGUUCCACAAUACCUCUGAUGUUAUCAAUCCAAGAUACGAGCAGGACAGCGGUCAUGACAGUGGGAGUGAAGAUACCUUCUUCGACUCAUCGCAGCCUUGCACACUGGUCACUUUAGGCAUGAAGAAGUUCUUUAUCCCUGCCACACCUGCUGCUCCCAAGGAUCCAGCCAGCAGAAUCCUUCCUCUGCCGUCGUGCUUGGGCGUCUGCCUUGACUGUGACAGAGGCAGGGUGGGGUUUUACGAUGCAGGCCGCAUGAAGUGCCUGUAUGAGUGUGAGGUGGAUUGCUCCGGCCUGAUGUACCCAGCGUUUGCCCUGAUGGGCAGUGCGGCAGUGCACCUUGAGGAGGCUGUCACAGCCAAGGACAGGGAGUACCACGAUGACAUCUAGUGCAGUAAACUCUUACCAUUGCUGUUCUGAGACAGAAAAUGAAAGCAGAAGAAUUCUACCUUAGCUUUUAGUCCUGAUAAAUUAUAUUCCACCUGCAAGUUGC